CUUAAUUUCCAAGCAUAAGAUCUCAUAUAAAUUCUCUCCACAAAUUAGCAAAUUAACAAAGGAUAGAGAGAAGAAGAUGGAAGCACAACUACAUCGACAUGAGAAAAAGUCAGUGUUGAAGAAGGUUAAGGAUAAGGCAAAGAAAAUGAAGGACACAAUCAAGAAACAUGGACACCAUCACCACAACGACGACUAAGAAGAAGAAGAAGAAGAAAAUCACCAAGUUCAUGGCUCAGGCGCCACCAGUUCGUUCUCUCUUCCCCCCUAAAUUGAAUUGCUCACUAAUUCUAAUAUAUUCCCCUAUUGCUAUUACUAAUACAAAUAAUGUGUUCUUGUGUUGUUGUACACGAAUCCACUGUGGUAAAGAGCAUAAACCUCCCCAAGGAAAGCAAUAGCAAUCCAAAUAAUUCUCCCCUUCCCACACCCACCGAAGAGAGGAGUGAUGAUUCUGAACAAGGAAAUCACCAUUUCGAAGAAGAUUCUUCAAAAGACACGCUGGCCGGUAAAAUAUCAUCAGCGGUUGCUAUCUCGGUUGGUAGCAAGGGGCAGUCGAUCAAGGAAUGCUUGAAACCAGGAGAUGAGGAUAAGGCUCUAUCUUCUGCAAUAACAAAUGCGCUGCAGAAGGAGGAGGAGCCCAAGAGGGGAAAGGUGACGUUGUCGAGAGAGGUGGCAGAGUGGCCGGGGACGACGCAUGAGAAUAAGAGGGAAGGAGAGUUCCGGCCAGGGAGUGGCGGAGAGGCUGCAAAACGCGGUCACCUCGUGGCUUGGGAAGAGCAAUGGGAUUGAGACUGCUCAGGAUUCUGUUGGCCAAGCUUUCGUGAGCGACGCAGCCGGUGGAGCCGGGGCCAUCUCCAAGGAGCGGUGAAAAUGGCCUCUCAAUCUGUCAUCAUCAAUUCCUUCCACACUAAGAAAUUAUGUUCAAGGUUUACACGCUCAUAUUUACUUUCAAUCAAUCCAACUUAGAUAAUUUUGACUAGAAAAUUCUCACUUGUACUACUAGAUUUUGAUAUGGUGUGAAUAUGUAUGUGAUAAUGGACACAUGAACUGGAAAAUAAAAGACUUUUGUGAA